AUGGCGAGUGCUGUACGCAAGAAACUUGUUAUUGUUGGAGAUGGUGCAUGCGGAAAAACUUGUUUACUUAUUGUAUUCAGCAAAGACCAAUUUCCCAAAGUAUAUGUUCCUACUGUAUUCGAGAACUAUGUUGCAGAUAUCGAAGUUGAUAACAGACAAGUUGAAUUAGCUCUUUGGGACACUGCUGGCCAAGAAGAUUAUGAUAGAUUACGGCCACUUUCUUAUCCUGAUACGGAUGUAGUUCUAUUGUGUUAUAGUAUUGAUUCUCCUGAUAGUUUCGAAAACAUUCCUGAAAAAUGGUUGCCAGAAAUCCGGCAUUUUUGUCCUGAUGUCCCCAUUAUCUUAGUUGGAAACAAAAAAGACUUACGACAUGAUGAGGCUACGAAGAAUGAGCUUCAUAGAACCAAGCAACUUCCCGUCACUUUUAAUGAGGGUAAAGAAAUGGCUGAAAAUAUUAAUGCUUAUGCGUUCUUUGAGUGUUCAGCUAAGACCAAGGAAGGUGUCAGCGAUGUUUUUGUAGCAGCUACUCGAGCCGCCUUGAAUUCAGCGAAGAAGAAGAGGAGGAAAUGUGAUUUAAUUUGA